AUGAAGAGGAUCGGCACCGGUUAUAUCGAAAGAUGCUUGACGGAGAGUACAAGAAGUGUGGAGCAAUGUAGCUCGAAUCGUGAACUUGACGGACGCUCGAGGCUGAGCGCGGACCCGAAAUUUGUUAAUUUUUCGUGCGGGAUAAUCCUCACCAAACGCGUUUCGAAGAGCUCUGUCGGCGAGACGCUUUCGGCGUGCACCUCUUUUGACCCAAUUCGUCGUCUCUUUAAGGAUUGCUGGUCUCUGAGGCGAAAUGGACCAAGCUUGUCCAGCGACGUACGUCUGCACACAGCAUUCAAUGAAGAAAUCAAGCCCUCACGACACAGUCGCAGUCAGCCAUCUUAUCAUCACUUACCCUCAAAGUCAAUCAAAGUGAGCUCGAGUGAAAGGCUGUUGCUCCCUGGUGGAGGUAUGAAACCGAAGCCAGUCGUCAACUGGAAUGAGAUGGGGUCGUUCGACGACCACCACAAGUGA